AUGGUAAAUCUAACGAAACUCGAAUUCGCAGGUCUUGACAUCUCAGAAAAUAAUUAUAUUUUUUGGGCACUUGAUGCCGAGCUUCAUUUGGAAGCUAAAGGCCUCGGACAUACUAUUACGGAAGGAAACAACGCGUCCAACCAGGACCGCGCUACGGCUCUAAUUUUCCUUCGCCAUCAUCUCCAUGAUGAUUUAAAAAGGGAAUAUUUGACAGUUAAAGAUCCAUUUAUUUUAUGGAACUGUCUGAAAAAACGGUUUGACCACCUGAAGUUGGUCGUACUUCCAAAAGCUCGGAAUGAUUGGUUGAACUUGCGGCUGCAAGAUUUUCGAUCAGUGGCAGCUUAUAAUUCUGCUCUAUUUAAAAUUACCUCGACAUUAAAAUUGUGCGGGGAAAAUGUCACUGACGAACAAAUGUUAGAGAAAACAUUUACAACUUUUCAUGCCUCGAAUGUGCUCCUGCAGCAGCAAUAUCGAGAGCGUAAAUUUACAGAAUAUUCCGAGCUAAUUUCCUGUUUGUUGAUUGCAGAGCAGAAUAAUGAGCUUUUGUUAAGAAACCAUGAAACUCGUCCUGUUGGUUCCGCAGCGGUGCCUGAAGCACACGCUGCUACACAUUUUAGACGAGGAAAUAAUCAUGGUAACAAAGGAAAACAUGGAAAUGGUAAAGGAAACCAACGUGGGGGCCACAAAAAUGAACGAGGAAAGGGUGUCCGUUACCAGCCGUACCAACGGCCGCUAAAAAUUGCGGAACCAAAGGAACCGAAGCAAGAAAAGGGAAAGGGUUCUUCUAGUCAACCUCCUCAGAAAAGUGUUUGCUAUCGGUGUGGCUUAACUGAUCACUGGCAGCGUACCUGUCGUACGCAAGAACAUUUUGUUAGGCUCUAUCAGGCGUCCCUGAAGCGACCUGCCGAAGACAUAGAAGCAAAUUUAAUUGAAGCCACUGCCCCCAGUACCAGUGAUACCCACUUGGAUGUAUCUGAUUAUCUCGUCGACCUUGAAAGUGGCGAGCCUAGUCAGUUUUCUUUUGAUGAGCUGUAG